CCCACCUCCGCCCCUCGAAGGACCGGUGGGACAGAUCGAGAGCGACAGGGACGAACGGACACGUGCUGGGGCGGGUGCCUGGGUCUCUCCUCGCCUCUAGCCGGGACGCGCCCGCCCGGGGCAGCGCCAAUGCCCGGCUGAGUCACGGGCCGGGCAGGGCGCGUGUGGGAAGGGGCGGAGCAGUCCGAGGGCGCUCGGCGGGGUUCGGCCCGGGCCGCAGGUGACCCGGACAAGCCUCGCGGCGCGCAGCUCCCGAGCCCGGGUGACCCGGUGCGGAGCCAGAGGCUGGGCGACCGCUGACUCGCCGGAGAAGGGCGGAGCGCGCGGGUGGUCCCGGCCGGCUGACUUGGCGCUCCCGGGCACCACAAGGUACAAACUCCAGCCGCGUCGAUCCCGCACCCACCCUCGCCCAGCACCUCCGCUUUCUUUGUUCCGCAAAGGGAACUGGCUGCGGCUCCGCAGGGCAAGACCACCGAGGAUGUUUGUGGAGAGAAAUCAGACGGUUUAGCAGAAUACCCAGCAUGUGAUCAACUUCUCACAAUGAAGGCUCCCACUGUGCUGUCACCUGGCAUUCUGGUGCUGCUGUUGACCUUGGUGCAAAGAAGCCAUGGGGAGUGCAAGGAGGCCCUAGUGAAGUCCGAGAUGAACAUGAACAUGAAGUAUCAGCUGCCCAACUUCACCUCAGAAACCCCCAUCCAGAACGUCGUUCUAUAUGAGCAUCAUAUUUACCUUGGAGCCACAAACUACAUUUAUGUUUUAAAUGACAAAGACCUUCAGAAGGUGUCUGAGUACAAGACUGGACCGGUGUUGGAACACCCAGAUUGUUCUCCGUGUCAGGACUGCAGCAGCAAAGCCAAUUCAUCAGGAGGCGUUUGGAAAGACAACAUCAACAUGGCUCUGCUUGUUGAUACAUACUAUGAUGAUCAACUCAUUAGCUGUGGCAGUGUCAACAGAGGGACCUGCCAGCGGCAUGUCCUUCCACCUGGUAAUACUGCUGACAUACAGUCCGAGGUUCACUGCAUGUUCUCCCCACAUGUAGAUGAAGAGUCCAGCCAGUGUCCUGACUGUGUAGUGAGUGCCCUGGGAUCCAAAGUCCUCCUGUCUGAAAAGGACCGGUUCAUCAAUUUCUUUGUGGGAAAUACGAUAAAUUCUACCUUCUUUCCUGAUAAUUCAUUGCAUUCGAUAUCAGUGAGACGGCUGAAGGAAACCCUAGAUGGUUUUAAGUUUUUGACGGACCAGUCCUAUAUUGAUGUCUUACCUGAAUUCCGAGAUUCCUACCCCAUAAAGUACAUACAUGCCUUUGAAAGCAACCAUUUUAUUUACUUUCUGACUGUCCAAAAGGAAACCCUAGAUGCUCAAACUUUUCACACAAGAAUAAUCAGGUUCUGUUCUGUAGACUCUGGGUUGCACUCUUACAUGGAAAUGCCUCUGGAGUGUAUUCUCACAGAAAAAAGGAGAAAGAGAUCCACAAGGGAGGAAGUGUUUAAUAUCCUCCAAGCUGCAUAUGUCAGUAAGCCUGGGGCCAAUCUUGCUAAGCAAAUAGGAGCCAGCCCAAAUGAUGACAUUCUCUACGGCGUGUUUGCACAAAGCAAGCCAGAUUCUGCUGAACCCACAAAUCGAUCGGCAGUUUGUGCAUUCCCCAUCAAAUAUGUCAAUGAGUUCUUCAACAAGAUUGUCAACAAAAACAAUGUGAGAUGUCUCCAGCAUUUUUAUGGACCCAACCAUGAGCACUGUUUCAAUAGGACCCUGCUGAGAAAUUCAUCAGGCUGUGAAGCGCGCAGUGAUGAAUAUCGGACAGAGUUUACCACAGCUUUGCAACGUGUUGAUUUAUUCAUGGGCCAGUUCACCCACGUGCUCUUGACUUCUAUAUCCACCUUCAUUAAAGGGGACCUCACCAUUGCUAAUCUAGGGACAUCAGAAGGUCGCUUCAUGCAGGUCGUGCUUUCUCGGACUCUACCUUCCACACCUCAUGUGAACUUCCUCCUGGAUUCCCAUCCUGUAUCUCCAGAAGUUAUUGUUGAACAUCCAUCUAACCAAAAUGGCUACACAUUGGUUGUCACGGGGAAGAAGAUCUCCAAGAUCCCGCUGAAUGGCCUGGGCUGUGGACAUUUCCAGUCUUGCAGUCAGUGUCUCUCUGCCCCUUCCUUUGUGCAGUGUGGCUGGUGCCACAAUCAAUGUGUACAUUCUGAUGACUGCCCUAGUGGCACAUGGACUCAAGAGAUCUGUCUGCCUGCAAUUCAUAAGGUCUUCCCCACAAGUGCACCCCUUGAAGGAGGAACAAUGCUGACCAUAUGCGGCUGGGACUUUGGAUUCAAGAAGAAUAAUAAAUUUGAUUUAAAGAAAACCAAAGUUCUGCUUGGCAAUGAGAGCUGUACCUUGACCCUAAGUGAGAGCACCUCCAAUACGUUGAAAUGCACAGUUGGCCCUGCGAUGAGUGAGCACUUCAAUGUGUCUGUAAUCAUCUCAAACAGUCGGGGGACAACACAAUACAGUACAUUUUCCUAUGUAGAUCCUGUAAUAACAAGUAUUUCUCCAAGUUAUGGUCCUCAGGCUGGAGGCACGUUACUCACUUUAACUGGAAAAUAUCUGAACAGUGGGAAUUCUAGACACAUUUCAAUUGGUGGGAAGACAUGUACUUUAAAAAGGGUAUCAGAUAGCAUUCUUGAAUGCUAUACUCCAGCCCAAACUAUCUCUGCUGAGUUUCCUGUGAAAUUGAAAAUUGACUUAGCUAACCGGGAGACAAGCAGCUUCAGUUACCGGGAAGACCCCAUUGUUUAUGAAAUCCACCCGACCAAAUCUUUUAUUAGCGGUGGAAGCACGAUAACGGGAGUUGGAAGAAGCCUGAAUUCAGUUAGCAUCCCAAAGAUGGUGAUAAAUGUGCAUGAAUUGGGGGUGAACUACACAGUGGCCUGUGAGCACCGCUCUAACUCAGAGAUCAUCUGCUGCACCACUCCUUCACUGCAACAGCUGGAUCUGCAACUCCCCCUGAAGACCAAAGCCUUUUUCCUGCUAGACGGGGUCCUUUCCAAACACUUUGAUCUCACUUAUGUGCAUAAUCCUGUGUUUAAGCCUUUUGAGAAGCCAGUGAUAAUCUCAAUGGGCAAUGAAAAUGUACUAGAAAUUAAGGGAAAUGAUAUUGACCCUGAAGCAGUUAAAGGUGAAGUGUUAAAGGUUGGAAAUAAGAGCUGUGAGAAUAUACACUGGCAUUCUGAAGCUGUUCUAUGUACAGUCCCCAAUGACCUGCUGAAACUGAACAGCGAGCUAAAUAUAGAGUGGAAGCAAGCAGUCUCUUCAACUGUCCUUGGAAAAGUGAUCGUUCAACCAGAUCAGAAUUUCACAGGAUUGAUCGUUGGUGUGGUCUCAAUAUCAGUCGUACUUUUAUUAUUAUUCGGGCUCUUCCUGUGGCUGAGAAAGAGAAGGCAUAUUAAAGAUCUGGGCAGUGAAUUAGUUCGCUAUGACGCAAGAGUACACACCCCUCAUUUGGAUAGGCUUGUAAGUGCCCGAAGUGUAAGUCCAACUACAGAGAUGGUCUCAAAUGAGUCUGUAGACUACAGAGCUACUUUUCCGGAAGACCAGUUUCCCAACUCCUCUCAGAAUGGAGCCUGCAGACAAGCGCACUACCCUCUGACAGACCUUUCCCCCAUCCUUACUAGUGGGGACUCUGACAUAUCCAGCCCAUUACUACAAAACACUGUUCACAUUGACCUCAGCGCUCUCAAUCCAGAGCUGGUCCAAGCAGUUCAGCAUGUAGUGAUUGGGCCCAGUAGCCUCAUUGUGCAUUUCAAUGAAGUCAUAGGAAGAGGGCAUUUUGGCUGUGUUUAUCAUGGGACUUUGUUGGACAAUGAUGGCAAGAAAAUUCACUGUGCUGUGAAAUCCUUGAAUAGAAUCACAGAUAUAGGAGAAGUCUCCCAGUUUCUGACUGAGGGAAUCAUCAUGAAAGAUUUCAGUCAUCCCAAUGUUCUCUCGCUCUUGGGGAUCUGCCUUCGGAGUGAAGGCUCCCCACUGGUGGUCCUACCGUAUAUGAAACAUGGAGAUCUUCGAAAUUUCAUUCGGAAUGAGACUCAUAACCCUACUGUAAAAGAUCUUAUAGGAUUUGGUCUUCAAGUAGCCAAAGGCAUGAAAUAUCUUGCCAGCAAGAAGUUUGUCCACAGAGACCUAGCUGCAAGAAACUGCAUGUUGGAUGAAAAAUUCACUGUCAAGGUUGCCGAUUUUGGUCUUGCCAGAGACGUGUAUGAUAAAGAAUACUAUAGUGUCCACAACAAAACGGGUGCCAAACUGCCAGUGAAGUGGAUGGCUUUGGAGAGUCUGCAAACACAGAAGUUCACCACCAAAUCAGAUGUGUGGUCCUUUGGCGUGCUUCUCUGGGAGCUCAUGACAAGAGGAGCACCUCCUUAUCCUGAUGUGAACACAUUUGAUAUCACCAUCUACUUGUUACAAGGCAGAAGACUCUUGCAACCAGAAUACUGCCCAGACCCAUUGUACGAAGUGAUGCUAAAGUGCUGGCACCCCAAAGCUGAAAUGCGCCCAUCCUUUUCUGAACUGGUCUCCAGGAUAUCCUCAAUCUUCUCCACUUUCAUUGGGGAGCACUACGUCCAUGUGAACACUACUUAUGUGAAUGUCAAAUGUGUUGCUCCAUAUCCUUCUCUGUUGUCAUCCCAAGACAACAUUGAUGGUGAGGUGAACACAUGAUGGACAGGAGGCCCACCAACCCCCUCCCAAGAAGCAGUGCUUCCAACAAACAACCGUCUAAUACAUUCUCCAACAGUUCUCACUGCCUGGCCUUUGGAAGGCCACCAAUGUUUUUGUUGUUACUUUUUGUUUGUUUGUUUUGCUUUUGCCAAAACUGCACCACUAUGAGACAUUGAUAUACUGUUUAAAUUCCUUGAUUCUGAGGAGUUUCUCAUCUGACGGUGCAUUGGAAACAGAAGUGAAGCAUAGUCCCCACAGGCUGAGGGCCAAUGGCAACCUGCAGCUACGACAACACUCCUAUCUCAUUGGAGUUCUACACCUCAGUUCUCAGAUUUUUGGUGAGGAAGUAAUACAAUGAACUUUGAAGAGAUCUCAGAAAACUCAGAAGAGGGAGCCUCAUGCAGAACAGAUGUGGUGGCCCCAGCAGGUUGCUUGUUGGAAUUCCAGUGUUUUAAACAUAUUUUGUUGUGUUGUGGUCAUGAACAUUUUCCAUUUUUGAUGUUGUCUACCCAUCAGGCGAACAUUCCCUUUAAACCUUUUAUACACAUUCCUUUGGUUCAAGGAAUAUCUAUAGACUUAUUUUCAAGAUAGCAUGACAUGAGGUGUGUUUAUAAAUUAUCAGGGAUUUUGUGUAUUGUACAUAGAUGACAAUAGGAAAAUUUUUUCAAAAACAAAAGCUUUGUUACAGUAAAAUAUUUGUCAUUUAAAUCUCAGCUAUUUAACCAGGGGUGAUGGCUCACACCUAUAAUCCCAGCAUUCAGGAAGCUGAGGAAGACAGACCGCCACAAAUUUGAAACCAACCAUGGCCAUGUAAUGAUUUACAAACCAGCAUAGGCUAGAGUGUGAGACCCUGUAUCAGCAAACAAAAAUUAAACUGUUUGAGAAAGAUUUUGUUCUAUUCCAAUGAAUGUGGAUACAUAACUUUUUAUCGUUUUUUUUUUUUUUAAUGGUGACUCUGAAAUUAAGUAACUUGGGAUAAAUCUUUUUAAAGGCAACUCAGUAUGUUUUUAAAGGACAGUAGAACUAACAGGUUCAGUAUUUCCAGUCAUGGCUUGUGUGUAGAACAAAGAAAGGGUCAAUAGACUGGAAAUAUUUACUCUUUCUCAGGUGGAGGCUUCUCACCUAAAACAAUUGGAGGCGAAACUUUUGAGGAGUCUCAUUUUGCAGGAGGACAUAUUUUAGGUUAAACAAAAGCAUAUUUUCGAAACAGACAAUAAGCCACUUGAAAAUCUUGAAUGAAGAGUUUCCCUGGACAGGCCUUUUGACAUGUUUUGCUCUGUGGAAUUUUGUGCUUACUACUGUAUAGUGCAUGUGGCUUAGGUUAUUCUAGCUGGUUUUGUCCAUGUAAACAUUGAAAGUAUUAUAUUUUUAUAGAAAUGUUUAUUUUUAAUGAUGUAAGAAAAUUUUCGUUAGGCCACAAAAAUACUGCACUGUGAACGUCUAAGAAGAAGUAUGUGAGAGUUGGGUCGACAGCAGCAUGAUUUUUUUUCCUCCAUGGCUGUAAAUUGUGAUAAGGAAAUGUACUGAUUGCCAGUCCACCCCACCCUCAUUACAUCAUCAGGACUUGAAGCCAAGGGUUACUAGAGCAAGCUAUGACAUGGGUGUGCCCUGCUGAAACCCAAUAGUUAGAGCUGGCUGCUGUUGCAGGAAAAUGACUGCAAUCAAAAGGUCUUUGAUGGUGGUGGAGCAUAUCAGAACUCAUAAGGAACUGUAGUCCAGAUUUGUUUCCAUUCAAAUAUUAUUGCUUCAUGAUUAUGAAAACUAAUUCACAGAGCACUGUCAAUGGUGGACAGCAGAAAACAAUGAUCUGCUCUGUAUUAAGAAAUAACUGUCUCUGUGCGGUCAAGAAAAUGAAUACACCGAGAACAGAAAGAGCUAUGGAAGACACCCAUACCUGUAUAUACAUGCUCUAGAAAGCUGCAAUGUGAAAAUCAUGUUUUCUAUUUAUGAACCUCCCUAGGGUAAUCCUGUCUGGACAGAUUGUGUGAGUAAAUCAUUCUUCUAAGAGUUAGAUACUUGUCACUGCCUAUACCUGCAGUUGAGCUGAAUGGUACUUUGUAUGUUAAUAAUUGUUCUGAUAAAUCAUACCGUUAAA